AGACGCUCCGGACACAGCGGACUGACUCAUGACUGCUCCUCACUGCCUCAGCACUCUUUCUUUACGCAUGUGGCUCCCUAAUGGAACAGCGGAGACGGUUUGGGUAGCAUAUGAGAGACGCUCAAACACAACUUUAGAGAGCAAGAAUGAAAAUAAGAUGCGCCCCCUUACAUAGGUUGAGACACAGGUGCUUCCUGUUUUCUCUGUCACUGCUGGUGGUGUGUCUGCUCAAAUUGGUCUACAUUAAAGUGACAGUGAGGAACACUUUCUACAUCGAGCCCUAUGGGAUCACUGCCAGCUCUUACAGAAUCCAGAGCAACAGCUAUGACAUUAACUGUACUGCUGUUUACCAGCUUGACCCUGUGGAGAUAGGGAAGGCUCUUGAGAUCCGACGGAAAGUCAUUGUGGACUUGGAUGAUGAUAGCAUUGUUUCUUUGACUUCGGACUGUCAGAGGUAUAUCAAAACAAGGGCAUACAAUGACGUUCCCGUGUCAGAGGAGGAGCGACACUUCCCGCUGGCUUACUCCCUGGUGGUGCAUAAGAAUGCGCCCAUGGUGGAGCGUAUUCUUCACGCUAUCUACGCACCUCACAACAUCUAUUGCGUUCACUAUGACCAGAAGUCUUCUCCAGCAUUUAUAACGGCCAUAAAGAACUUGGCUCAGUGUAUCCCAAAUCUGUUCAUUGCGUCCAAACUGGAGUCUGUGGAGUAUGCCCAUAUCACCAGGCUCAAUGCGGACCUCAACUGCCUCUCUGACCUAAUGAAGUCAGAGGUCAAGUGGAAGUAUGUCAUCAAUCUGUGUGGCCAGGAUUUCCCCCUCAGGUCAAACUAUGAGCUGGUGUUAGAGCUUAAGCAGCUGAAUGGCAGUAACAUGCUGGAGUCCAGCCGCCCCAGUGAACUAAAGAAACAGCGCUUCAGUUUCCAGCAUGAGCUGAAGAACGUGCCUUAUGAGUAUCACAGGCUGCCUGUCAAAACCACACGGGCCAAGGAUGUGGCUCCUCAUGGAAUUGAGAUGUUCAUUGGGAGUGCUUACUUUGUCCUGUCAUGGGACUUUGUGAGUUAUGUAACCACUAGCCAGGUGGCCAGGGACUUUCUAGCAUGGUCUGCUGACACAUACUCACCAGAUGAACACUUCUGGGCCACCCUGGUCCGAGUCCCUGGGGUGCCAGGCCACAUUCCCAGGUCAGACCCUGAUGUGACAGAUCUGAAGAGUAAGACACGACUGGUCAAAUGGAACUAUCUAGAGGGAUCCCUCUACCCAGCCUGCACAGGCACACACAUGCGCAGUGUCUGUAUCUAUGGAAGUGCUGAGCUCCGCUGGCUCCUGAACUAUGGCCACUGGUUUGCUAACAAAUUUGACCCGAAAGUGGACCCAAUCCUGAUUAAGUGCUUGGAGGAGAAGCUGAGGGAAAAACGUCUGCACAGAGCAGACAAGCUGCUGAAAUGAAGAGGGGAUGUGACUGAGACAGGGAGUAGUUUCUGCACUUAUUUUGUUGUUAGACAAAGUUGAGAAGUUGCUGCACCAGGAUGCUGCACUUGUUCUACAGACAAAUGGCCUUUCUGCAUUGAUCCACCUACCCAAAUCAUUGCCUUUCUGAAAUUCAGAGCGCAUUUGACAAAUACCAGAAAAAAAUGAAAAUAGUGUUUCUCUCUAUAAUUAUAAUGAUAAUUAUAAUUAUUAAUAAUAACAGGUUAAACUCUAUAAAAUAGCCUGGUGUAUUUGUCUAAUUGUGGCUUAGGGACAAAGGUUGUCCUCGGUACUCCAGGAAGAUCAAUACAAAAACAAAUUCAUACUACUGCAACUGCUACUACUACUACAAACAACAACAAAAACAACAGUAAUAAUAAUUGCGGUAGAAAACAUACCAUAUGCAAUGUUGUGUGCUGCAGUCCUAUCAAACUAGUGGUUUGAUACCAACUGGUUUCAGGAAAUGUCAUCCUACAGAGAAGUGACACUUGAAUUCUCACCCAUAUACUGUGUAUAUGUUGUUAUAGUCCUUGAAUACUAUUCAAGAGGCAGAGAGUUAGAGACAGCUAUUCUGCUAUGGAGAUAUGAAGUACCAAAGACUCCUGUUCUGUGACUGGAGGGCUCUCCCAAUGUAGGUUGUCAUUUUGGUGGUGAAGAAAACCCUUAAUGUGAGGAAGAGCGAGUUAAUAUGGAAGGUUGUGAUUUUUCAUGCUUUAUUUAUUUCUUAAUAAAAGGAUCAUCCAAAGUGUUUCUCAUACGUUGCUUGACCCACUGGUAUGACAUCAGGUGUUACCUGUCAGUAUCAGCCAAAUA